AUGCGCGACGGUGAGGUGUGACCGUUACACCCCGGUGGAGGUGUAGCCUAAAUGGAUCUCGGUCAACCGCCCUGCUGGAACCGCUAGAUCCAUUUGUGGAAAACAAAGAUACAACUUUUAGUUAAUUACAGAUACAUAUCCGUGUCUCGUUUUAGUCCCGUUACCGACAUCACUAGCAGUUCUCUCCGAUGUUACUCUCCGCUUCUUUCACCGUUCCGAAUAAAGGUCUUUUUUUCUCCUCGCGGUGCGCACUCGACUUAAGGAGUUAUAUUCCUGUGGCAUCUGUGGAAAAGAUCAUUACUGUCUUUCCGUGUUUGGAGAUGACAGUUGAGUCCCAGCCCAGCAGAGACUGAAGCAGCAGGGCAACCUGCAACCGGUGUGUGUGUGUGCGUUACCAUGGCAGCAGGAGUGGCAGCAUGGCUUCCCUUUGCGAGGGCUGCAGCUAUUGGCUGGAUGCCAGUGGCCAACUGCCCCAUGCCCGUCGCCCCGGGAGACCGCAGCAAGCGUCAGGACGAGAUGAUCGUCCUGAACGUGAGCGGGCGCCACUUCCAGACGUGGAGAAGCACGUUGGACCGCUUCCCGGACACCCUGCUGGGCAGCUCCGAGAAAGACUUCUUCUACGACGAACACGCCAACGAAUACUUCUUCGACCGCGACCCCGACGCCUUCCGGAGCGUCCUGAACUUCUACCGGACGGGGAAGCUGCACUACCCGCGGUGCGAGUGCAUCCAGGCGUACGACGAGGAGCUGGCCUUCUUCGGCAUCAUCCCGGAGAUCAUCGGCGACUGUUGCUACGAAGAGUACAAGGACCGGAAGCGGGAGAACGCAGAGCGUCUCCAGGACGACCAGGAGGACAACAAGGACGCGAAGCCCCCCAACAUGACGGUGCGGGAGACGAUGUGGCGGGCCUUCGAGAACCCCCACACCUCCACCAUGGCGCUGGUGUUCUACUACGUCACCGGCUUCUUCAUCGCCAUCUCCGUCAUCACCAACGUAGUGGAGACGGUGCCCUGCGGGGCCACGCCCAGCCAGAAGGACAUGCCGUGCGGCGAGCGCUACACGGUGGCGUUCUUCUGCAUGGACACCGCCUGCGUCAUGAUCUUCACCGUGGAGUACCUGAUGCGGCUGUUCGCCGCGCCCAGCCGGUACCGGUUCAUGCGAUCGGUUAUGAGCAUCAUCGACGUGGUGGCCAUCUUGCCAUACUACAUCGGCCUGGUGAUGACCAACAACGAGGACGUGAGCGGAGCCUUCGUCACGCUGAGGGUGUUCCGGGUCUUCCGCAUCUUCAAGUUCUCCCGUCACUCGCAGGGCCUGCGUAUCUUAGGUUACACGCUGAAGAGCUGUGCCUCGGAGCUGGGCUUCCUGCUCUUCUCCCUCACCAUGGCCAUCAUCAUCUUCGCCACCGUCAUGUUCUACGCCGAGAAGGGCUCCAGCUCUAGCAAGUUCACCAGCAUCCCGGCCUCCUUCUGGUACACCAUUGUGACCAUGACAACGCUAGGGUGA